ACCUGCUGAAGUGAGGUGGAGGCCUUUCAAAUGGUGGUGGUGAGGGAUAAGCUGCUAGGUCUGAGCAAGAUGUGGGGAGUAAGGAAUGCACGCAUGUCUCUGUGGAUCUCCGAGGACUCUUUACUCAGAAAGUUUGCUCGCAUUCUACUUUUGUUCCUUGGUGUUGUUUUCUGGGCAAGUGCAACUGUUCUGACCUUUGGUGGAUGCUUUGUGAUCCUGCUGUGCAAGAACUAUCAUCAUUUUUUUCAUGAGUCUUUCUUUCCUCUCCCUGGCUGGCUGGCUGUUGUAGCUGCGUUAGUCCUGCUACCUACUGGUAUUUUGGCUAUUUCUGUUUCUGUAAGGAACUCCCGUUAUCACCAAGGGACUCUAAUGCACCUGCUGCUAGUUCUUCUUUGUCUCCAGGUGUCUUUAGCGGUUUUGACACAGUUCUACUCUAUUUGGAUGGCAGUUGAGCUGAAGAACACAAUGGGACAAGCCUUCAAUCAAUACAAUGGCACAAAUUCCCUGGCUCAUGGAAGCGGGACUAUGGAUAUGCUCCAGAAAAAGCUCCAGUGCUGUGGGCUUCAAAACUAUACAGACUGGCUAAAGGCAUCAGCUGCUUCUUGGCAUUUUCCAUCCAAAAAAUCUCAUAUUCCUAGAAGCUGUUGUAAAAAAUAUGUUGACUGUGGGGGUGACUUAAACCAGCUGGAUCAGCUAUUCCAGGAGGGCUGCCUGAGGAAACUGCAAGACCAGUUGCAUUAUGGAAUGAAGUUUUUGUUUUCUUGUUGUGUUGUGCUCAGUGUCCUAGAGCUGUUGGCUGGAGCAAGCAAUGGCAUCCUCAUGAGCCAUCAGCCUUUCUAUGACUUACGAUUUCUGGAAUCAUCUGUCUUCUCAUAGGUCAACAGGCAGUGGCAGCAUUGUUUUCCUUGAAUCUCUCUUGUGCUGUGACUGCACUGAAAGAAACUUUUGUGAUGUAUGUUUGCAUAUAAAUCAAACCAGUUGGUCAUUGUUUUUUCUUAUUUAAUGUUGCAAUGCUAGAUCAGUCUUCACCCUCAGUUCCUGUUCAACAUCUGAAAAACUUCAUUGCUGAAAAUCCCAGCAGGAAGUGUGAAGGGAAUCUCAGUAUGUACUGAAACUAUUGCAAGUGGGUGAUUGUAAGGUAGAGGCAUCGUUUUCUUGGGAAUGUAAGAGAAUGUUGUAAAGUUGUGACCUGAACUUUGGAAUGAGUCAUACGGGGUGAGAUUUUUGAAGUGCAAUUAAAAAGCAGAUUCUUCCACUUACAAAGGUGCAGCUAAUCCUUUGGUAUUUCUCAAAGCUCUAACACUAACUUUCAGAAAAAAUAAAUAGUGUUUCCUGAAGUGGCAUGAGGGUACAAACUAAAUAGAGAAGAUAUAGUUGCUGGCCACAAAAUAAGUGUCUUCUGUUGUAUUUCUUCUUACUGCCUUCAUAGCAGCUCAGGAACUGAGUUUACACAUGCUGAAGUUAACGAAGAGAAAAAAGAACAUUUGUGUUUAUUUUGUGUCAGAACUAGGAAUAAGUGAAUUCUACUCUGUAAGAAGUUAUGUGGAGGCCUUACAUAUGCUUGACUGAGAGGAGCAAUAGGUUGUUUUUUCAUUUAGGUAUGUGAGUCUGUCUUACCUUCUUACCUAAACCUAAUCUUGCCUUUUUUUUUUUUUUUUUUUCUUUCAGAUAUUCAUCUAUUCUGCUUGUGCUGAAAGGGGCAAAUGCUGCUGUGUAGGGGUUGUCUGUGUUCUCUCCUGUAUAAGUAAUGCUGGUGCCUAGAGAGACGUGUGUAAAGGCUGGUGAUGCUGGACUUUGUGGUUUUGUGUGUGCUUGUACAUGUGUAUCCAAGAAAUGCUAUCAGCCUCUCGGCUGGGUGGGAUGGUACAUGGAGGCAGCAUCUGUAUCUGUUACUGUAAGUAAUUCCCAAGCUCUAACAAGGCUGGGAACCAGAGAAGCUUUUGACUCCUGGAAGCUAGUGCUUUGGGUAGUUCCCUUUGUGCUUUCAGUAGUUGUCAGCUAAAUCAUUAUCACUUUCAAAUACUAUAAAAAAUGGCAAGUAUUUUAUAACAAGUUUCAGACUCCAGAUCACAAGACAAUAUCAGAGGCUAUGUCUGUACGUACUAUGUGGGAACUAAAUGUUGAAAUAUACUGUGGGGCUUCAAAUAAGAACCAAACAAAGUUGAUUUAAAUGAAGGAAGUACUUCUCAAUUAGCAGUGAGCAAAUCUUUACAGAAAGGAAUCUUCCAAAAGAGGUGAACAGCUGUGUCUUUGAGUAACACAAAGAAUGAACCCUCCUUUAUUUUGCUUGACAUGGGAUGCAUGGAGUAGUGAAAUUAUUUCUUCCUGUAGUUGGGUUUGUAUGGCUUUGGGGUACCCUGACACAUAAGUGCUUUUUGAAACAAGACUAUUGCUAUACCACUACAGAGACAAUGAAAAUGACAGUGAUAGGAAUAGAAGGAAAUUGAGUUUCUUGAGGAAAAACAUGGUGGAAGAAUGGACUGAGUGUGGUGCUCUCUUACCAAUACCUUAUUUAAGGGGGAUAUUUUUCUUCUUGGAUCACUUCUUGUUCCUUAUAACGGGUUCUGAGCUCAAAGAGUGGAAAUGCUACUUUUCCACUUGCUAGUGGAAAAAAAAUGGGCAAUUUCAAUGUGGUUAAAGAGGAUUUCUAAUAUAGAUGUCCUUGCCUCCUUUCCACUAUGCUGAAAGGCUGGGUCAUUCAUUUCUCCUUCUGUUCUUACUGUAUGAAGAAUGUAAUAAUUAAGAAAAGAAAAAAAAAAUCUAUGGGAGUUAGUCUUAGAAGUCCUCUCUUAUGGUUCUUUAAUUUUAUUUCAUUCUCCUAUGAGCUAAAUGUCCCUACGCUUAUCCUAUGUUACUGUAGGUCCCUCAGAACAAUCACAUUUGUUAAUCCUAAAACUGGUACAAACAAAAGGUGCUGUGUGAAGAUGCAGGAGACAGACUUAGUAUGAAAAUUCUUCUUUGUGGGGAGUCAUUAGACAGAACUGUAAAAAGCAGUAGUGUCCUAUUUAUGUUGAUUUUUGUAUAUUCAUUCUGAAUAAUUUCUUCUGGAUAGGCGUGACUGCUUAAAAUAUCAUUAUUUUUUUAAAAGAAAUGUCAUUCAUGAUGUGAGAUGUGUAAGUCCUUGGGAACCAGUGCAAUAUACACAUACACUUCAUUCUGGACAGAUCUUCAGUUUUUCAUAAUCUACACAGAUGAACAGCUGUACAAGCAGUCAGCAAGUGAUUUACACUUUGUAUUUCCAGAAACUGUAUUGCUCAGGACUUGAAGGAAAGAAAACGAUGCUCAGUGCAAAGCUGGAAAUAUAUCCUGUGAUUACUCUUUUUACAGAGUAUACCGAAACCCAUAUAUUCCAUAUGUGAAUCGAUGAUUUCACUGUGAUGUCUGUCUUCUUUGAGGAUAGUAGUCCAAAAGGCAAAAUUAAUGCUUGUAGGUACAAG